CAUCUACACUACACACAAACAUUAAAAAAAAUUAACUCAACUUUGACUUUUCCUAAAAUUUCUCUCUCUCUCUCUCUCUCUCCUCACGCUGAAUUUUCCUCGAUCUUUCUCUCUAUUGCUUUUGCUUUGAUUGUCUAUCUUGACUCAACUUUGAUACGGAAGUGUUCACUAUUUUACGUCAAAUCACACUUCUAUAUUAAUAUCACACGAAACUUUGUUCUUUCCAUCCUUAAUCAUCGUCAUGACAAAAUUUGAGGUUGUUUUUGUCUCAACACCAGCCAUCGGAAACAUCGUACCCAUGGUCGAAUUCGCUAAUCUUCUAACCAAACAAAACCCUCAACUCUCUGCCACCAUUCUCAUCGUCACCGUCCCACAACGACUCCUCGUCAACACUUACAUCCAAUCUCUUUCUUCCUCCGCCACCAAUCUCCGUUUCAUCCACCUCCCUACAGUAGACCCUCCCACACCCGAUCAGUCCCAAUCUUUCAUCCCUUAUGUCUCCCUACUCUUAGAAAACCAAAAAAACAAUAUCAAAAACACACUCCUAAACCUCACAUCAUCGUCAACAACCGAGUCAACUUCCGAGUCGGUUAAACUCGCUGCUGUCUUCGUUGACAUGUUCACCACCCCCAUCAUCGAUGUGGCCAACGAGAUCAAUGUUCCUUGCUACCUCAUCUUCGCGUCACCGGCGAGUUUCCUUGGACUCAUGCUCCACCUACCCUCUACUGAGUUGCUAGAAUCAGAAACUGAGUUUGAUAUCCCGAGUUUCAAAAACCCGCUUCCGAAACCCGUUUUGCCUAGCUUGGUGGUGGACAUGAAAACCGGUGCUUAUUCAUGGAUGGCAUAUCAUGGUGAAAGAUACAGAGAAACAAAGGGUAUUGUCGUAAAUACAGUACAAGAGCUUGAACCUUAUUCUGUUCAAUCGUUUCACAAUGAUUUAGAUCUUCCACCGGUUUAUCCGAUUGGGCCGGUUCUUGACCUUGAUGGACCGGCUAAAUGGGACCCGAACCCGGUUCAGUAUGACUACAUCAUGGAGUGGCUCGAUAAGCAGGUUGUUGGUUCUGUGGUUUUUCUUUGCUUUGGUAGUUUGGGGAGUCUUGAAGUGAAACAGGUUGAGGAGAUAGCUAUUGGGCUUGAACGGGCUGGGGUUAGGUUUUUAUGGGCUUUAAGGAGCCCACCCAAGGCCCAGUUAGAGGAUCCAAGAGAUUAUGCGAGUUAUGAAAAUAUUUUGCCUGAUGGGUUUUUGAAACGGACGGUGGGGAUGGGAAUAGUGUGUGGGUGGGUCCCACAAGCGAGGGUGCUGGCCCAUAAAGCUGUAGGAGGGUUUGUUUCGCAUUGUGGUUGGAAUUCGAUAUUAGAGAGUUUGUGGUACGGUGUACCAAUUGCCACGUGGCCGAUUUAUGCGGAGCAACAGAUGAAUGCGUUUCAGAUGGUUAGGGAGUUGGGAUUAGCGGUGGAGAUUAGGUUGGAUUAUACGAAGGGUGGGGAUCUGGUGCGGGUGGAGGAAGUUGAGAAUGGUGUUAGGAUGUUGAUGAACGGUUGUGAUGAGAUUAGGAAGAAAGUGAAAGAGAUGAGUGAAAAGUGUAAAGUGGCUUUGAUGGAGAAUGGAUCGUCUUAUAAUAACCUUAUGUCUUUUAUUCAAGAAUUGACAAAAUAAAAAAUCCUUGUAAGAGCACAUUACUAGUAAGAAAUGUUUUAGGUAAAAAAGUGUAGAACUUGUUGGCUACUCUCCAACUGCAGGAGAAUAAAUAAAGGUAUGUCAUUCUCAUAUGAUAUAUAUUAAAAUAAUAAGAAGAAUUAAUAUUUGGUACUCCUAACCAUGCCAAGAAAAAUUAAUAUCCUUAAU